AAUUAAGUGAUGGACGCAGUAGCCAAGGAGACUAGCUGAUUGACAGGCAUGAUUUACCAACCGACUCUGGAAACUCCUGUCUGUGUUUGCCCAACGCGUGGCCGGCAGUCCAAUUAAGAAAGUGGAAGCGCCAAAGGGGGCGGUCACGGGGCGGAUUGGGUUGUGGUGAUUCCCGAGGAUUGUGCGCUGGAAGCCGAGGCGUCUGCGGGCAUCCGCACGAUGCCGUGACGCGGCAGCGCAGCCGAGUGGACACCGCGAGCACAGCCCGGCGGGUGGAGUCCUUUGGUCCCGGAGGCGGCGUGGCGUGAAGGCAAAUUGUUGUUUGAGAGCUGUUCUCUCUCGGAAGUCUUUCGGAGGGUGGGGGAGGGGCGGCGGACGACGAGCGGGCCUCGGGUGCGCAUGCGCCGGCCCCUUUUGCCGUCGGGGCCCGCCCGCCCGCGCAUGCUCAGAGUGCGCGGGGGUCUCGUGGCCGCCAGCACUGCGCAUGCGCGUCGAGAAGCCCGCUAAGGAGCGGCGCUGUCGGAGGUCGGGCGGGCAGGCGGUGACGUCGUGAGGAGAGCUUUAAAGUGCGGGCCGGGCCGGACGUCUGAGGGUCUGACCCAGAGUCUGGCCGGGUCUUCGCGGAACCCCUCCACGGCAUGAGGCGCUGCCGGCGCCCUUGCUUCUCGGGACGUGGAGAAGGUGGCGGAGCCAGAAGCCUCGCUGUCGCUUGUGCUGCAUGACCUGCCGCUGCUGAGGCUCGACCCGUUCCUGGCCCUUCUACGCCCCCCGCUGGUUCAUUGGGCCACGCAUGGCGGCCCGGCACUGAGGACCCCCGCUUCCCUCUCGGCCCCCCCGGGUGCGUCCCUCCAGAGCCAUGCCGGGCCGCCCCGGAGGAUCCUAGAGUUGAGUCGGCGGGGGCCAUGGCGGCCGCCAGCGGCUACACGGACCUGCGUGAGAAGCUGAAGUCCAUGACGUCCCGGGACAACUACAAGGCUGGCAGCCGGGAAGCCGCCGCCGCGGCAGCCGCUGCUGUGGCCGCCGCCGCGGCUGCCGCGGCCGCCGCCGAGCCUUACCCGGUGUCCGGGACCACCAAACGGAAGUACCAGGAGGACUCGGACCCCGAACGCAGCGACUACGAGGAGCAGCAAUUGCAGAAGGAGGAGGAGGCGCGCAAGGUGAAGAGCGGAAUCCGGCAGAUACGGCUCUUCAGCCAGGAUGAGUGCUCCAAGAUCGAGGCCCGCAUCGACGAGGUGGUGUCCCGCGCCGAGAAGGGGCUUUACAACGAGCACACCGUGGACCGGGCCCCCUUGCGCAACAAGUACUUCUUCGGCGAGGGCUACACGUACGGCGCCCAGCUGCAAAAGCGCGGGCCAGGCCAGGAGCGCCUCUACCCGCCGGGCGACGUCGAUGAGAUCCCCGAAUGGGUGCAUCAGCUGGUGAUCCAGAAGCUGGUGGAGCACCGCGUCAUCCCUGAGGGCUUCGUCAACAGCGCAGUCAUCAACGACUACCAGCCUGGCGGCUGCAUCGUAUCUCACGUAGACCCCAUCCACAUCUUCGAGCGCCCGAUCGUGUCUGUGUCUUUCUUUAGCGACUCGGCACUUUGCUUCGGCUGCAAGUUCCAGUUCAAGCCCAUCCGGGUGUCGGAACCUGUGCUUUCUCUGCCGGUGCGCAGGGGGAGCGUGACUGUGCUCAGUGGGUAUGCUGCUGAUGAAAUCACUCACUGCAUACGGCCUCAGGACAUUAAAGAGCGCCGAGCGGUCAUCAUUCUCAGGAAGACAAGAUUAGAUGCACCGCGUUUGGAAACAAAAUCCCUGAGCAGCUCCACAUUGCCACCCAACUAUGCUUCAGAUCGCCUGUCAGGAAACAGCAGAGACCCUGCGCUGAAACCCAAAAGGUCCCACCGCAAGGCAGACCCUGAUGCUGCCCACAGACCCCGGAUCCUGGAGAUGGACAAAGAAGAAAACCGGCGGUCUGUGCUUCUGCCCACACACCGGCGGCGGAGGGGUAGCUUUAGCUCUGAGAACUAUUGGCGCAAGUCGUAUGAGUCCUCGGAAGACUGCCCAGAGGCAGCAGGCAGCCCCACCCGCAAGGUGAAGAUGCGGAGACACUGAGGCCCUGUGCCCGCCUGGACUCUGGCUGACCCUGCUGUAGCUGCCCCAUCUUCUGUUUGUUUGAGUGUUUUUUCUCUGUUGUUUGUUAUUUUGGUCCUAUAUAUGUUUUCCUUGCUUGGUUGCCUAUUAAGGCUAAAGAACAGAAUUGGCGCAAGACCUGGGUUCUUAUGUUCUUGGCUUUCCUCCUUGACGGAAAAGGCUGUUAGCUUCUGUAGGGGAACACUCUUACCAGAGUAGCCAGUCGAGACAGUGGGGACAGCUGUCUUCAAGUGGAAAUGUGUCAGGCUAGGUUUAUUUAAACACACAAAGUGUUUCGGUUAAGGAAUUUUUGUUUGGGCUUUAAAUGUAAAUCUUUGCAGUGUUUUAAACAGAGGCGAUUCUUUUGCCAGCCCUUUUUUUCCACUGAUGCUCAUGCUUGGAUGAGGUCUCUUGGAGCCAUACAGGUCCUGCAUUGGGCCUGCUGCCCCUACAUUUCACCUGCUGUUCAGGCUCUGGAAGCUCAUGCAAAUACCUGUUCCCCACUGUUCAGGUUGGCUGGGUGUGGGGUUUAAACAGUGCCAGCCCCUGCUGUCCCAUUUCUGAGUCCCCAGGCUUCCUGCAUGCCCUCUAGCUUGCUCUGCCCACCGAUCUUGGGUGGUCACGAGACUAGCACAGUGGUCCUGACCUCUUGCCAAGAGCAUGCCCAUUUCCUGGGUUGCUCCUUUAGGCAUGUGUGUGGUUGUAUGGAACAGUUAGACUUGCUGCAGUGGGUUGUUUGUAGGAGUUGUUUCUAGCUAGAGGAACUGGUUGGCUUCCAGUCUAGCAUUUGGGUUAUGGGAACUUGGGGUGUGUGGUAGGGCUUUGUUUCUUUUGUUCUGAGCUGUUUCCCCUCCCAUUAGUCUCUUGGCUUUCUUUUUUUUCCCUCAGUUGGCCAUCUUGGUUCUUUUCCCCCCAUAUCAUCUAUCUAAGAAGGUGUUUCCAUCCUCUCUCGUCCACCUGUAGCUUAUAUCCAAGGCCAGAAGUCAGACCUGCAUAUUGGGUUGGUACUUUCUCUGCCUCAGGGACAUGGGUGCUGGGGAAGAAACUUCUAAAAAUAAUAGAAAGUUAAAGUCUUUGACAGUUUCUGCCUGCUUAGAUCCUGGAAAGCUGUGGGGCAUUAGGAAUGUCUUUGGCAGCCAGACAAGGACUGGGCCUGCCAAAAACAGGCCUUCUGAACAGCGAUGCCACCACCACUCC